AGAUUUAUCUCUUCGUUCUUCUGGGAUUUGUUCUUCUUCUUCUUCUUCUUCCCAUCGAUCUCGAGCUUCCGAUCUUCAAAAAAAAAUCAAUCUUGGUACAUUUCGAGUAACAGAAACGAAAACGAGAGAAAUCAAACAAAACCCAGCUUAAUCGAGCUAAUCAGUCGGUGGAAAAAAAAAAACCCUAAAUUUCAUGGCGAAAACUCGACCUGGUGUCGCUUCUUCGGCGAAGAGCAAGCUGAGCAAGAAAGAUAUCGACUCGUACACUAUCAAAGGCACCACCAAAAUUGUUAGAGUGGGUGAUUGUGUGUUAAUGCGUCCAUCGGAUGCUGGUAAGGCUCCUUACGUGGCGCGUGUUGAGAAGAUUGAAGCUGAUGCAAGGAACAAUGUGAAGGUGCAUUGUCGAUGGUAUUACCGUCCUGAAGAAUCACUUGGGGGAAGGAGACAGUUCCAUGGAGCUAAAGAGCUCUUCUUGUCUGAUCACUACGAUAUGCAAAGUGCACACACCAUUGAAGGGAAAUGUAUCGUUCACACCUUUAAAAACUACACGAGGCUUGAGAAUGUUGGAGUGGAAGAUUAUUAUUGUAGAUUCGAGUAUAAGGCUGCUACUGGCGCAUUUACUCCUGAUCGAGUUGCUGUGUACUGCAAAUGUGAAAUGCCGUAUAACCCAGAUGAUCUGAUGGUGCAAUGUGAAGGGUGCAAGGACUGGAGUUACUACUAUGUCAUUGUAGCUCUGAAGAAGAUGGAGCCAAAAGAUCUCAGAAUGGAUUUGCUUCAUCGCCAACCAAUGAUCUUAAGGUGGAAGCCAAGCGCCGGAAAAGAUGAUGGCGGAAUGAAAUCCAACAAUCCCUCCAAAUUUUCCCUCUCUCAAUUUCCUAAGGAGAUUCAAUCUAAUCCUCAAGAGAAUCAUUCUAGUGAUCACAUUGUGCAGAAUUCCAAUGAAGGAAUUGGGAAUUCUAGUGCUUUUGGUACCAAAGAAAGGGUGUAUGAUGUAGUUCGAGAAACAAUGCACUCAGCUAUUUCGGCGAAUAAAACUGGUGUAUUGGACAUUACUCUUAGUGAUUUUCAAGAGGGUUACUUUAGCCUUUCGCUUGAAGAUCGUGGGAAAUUACUUCUUGUAUUAGCCAAAGAAUAUGAUGUAAACCGAGAGCAAGUCCGAGAACUUGUUAAGCAAUAUCUUGGACUUGAAAAUCCAGCUAGUGAUGAUAAGGAUGCUUUAUCUUCUGUUUUCUAUCGCACUGAGCAGAAUUUGAGACAUGCUCUUAGGCCAACAUAUGAAGUUCUAUUUGAGAGGUUGAAUACCCAUCCAGGAGGGUUGAGAUUUUUGUCCAUCCUUCGUGCUGAUCUUCUUUCGAUACUCACAAAAGAGAACACGCCGUCUCUGCGAACACUAGAUUCCUGUUUAAAGGAGAAACUCGGUAUGUGGCUUAGUCCUGCCACUUUAGAGCUUCAUCAAAUUACUUGGGAUGAUCCUGCUUCAUUGCUUGAGAAAAUUGUCGCAUACGAGGCGGUGCAUCCUAUCAGCAACCUCUUGGAUCUUAAAAGAAGAUUAGGAAUAGGCCGUCGAUGCUUUGGAUAUUUUCAUCCAUCUAUUCCUGGUGAACCACUUAUUUUUAUCGAAGUUGCUCUUAUGGAAACCGUUGCACAGACUAUUCAGGAAGUUUUGUGGGACAAUCCUCCCAUACCAGAGAACCAAGCAACAUGCGCUUUAUUUUACUCGAUUUCUUCAACUCAGCCUGGCUUAGCUGGGAUAAACCUCGGGAAAUUUCUGAUCAAACGAGUGAUUACAUUGGUGAAAAAAGACAUGCCACAUGUUUCUACAUUUGCAACACUUAGCCCCAUUCCUGGAUUCAUGCAAUGGCUCCUCUCAAAAUUAUCGUCUCAGUCAAGAUUUGCUGAAGAUGAGCGUGGUACACAGAGCAAUUCACCAUCAUCUACUUUUAGUGAGAAAGUAUUACUACCAGAAGAGGAACAAGCCCUCAUGAGUCUAUCAGAUGAUUCUUCAUCUGGUAGCAACGGCAUGGAAGUUUUAUUGAAAUUGCUAUCAGUAAAGAACUGCGAUUGGGCUACUUCGCCUCGCCUAUUGCCAGUUUUAGAACCUAUUCUUAUGCGGUUAUGUGCUAGGUACCUCUUGCAAGAGAAGAAAAGAGGAAAAGCUUUAGACUCUGUUGCUAACUUCCACUUGCAAAAUGGAGCGAUGGUUGAAAGAAUAAAUUGGAUGGCGGAUCGAUCAGAGAAAGGUAUUCAUCAAAGUGGAGGAAUCAUGGUUAACUAUGUCUAUAGGUUAGAGAAUAUCGAAGACUAUGCUCAAUCGUAUUUUGGGUCAGGCAAAAUUCAUGCCUCGCCUGGUAUCCAUUCCCGUCUCUAAGUAACUCCGCAAAUCAAAUUGAGUUUGAUCGAUGAUUCUUGAUUUUGUCAUUCUCAAAAGGAAAGGGUUUUAGAAUUAAGAUAUCAAAGCCUG